AUGUACCUUUUUUGUUGGUUCCCGGUUCCCGGCUUACGCCACUGCCAGAUACAUGCCAUCCCGACGGUAGGACCGUCUCUGCCAAUCAUUUCCUACCUCGGUGCAUGGCAGUACUUCCGUAACGCCAAGGACAUGCUCCUCGAGGGCUGCUCCAAGCACGAGAUCUUCAAGCUGCCCCUGUCCGACCAAUGGCUCGUCGUCGUCAAUGGCCCCAAGAUGAACGAUGAGCUCCGCAAGUACCCAGACGAAUCCAUGUCCGCGUUCGAGGCGCACAAAUACGUAUUGCAGACCGAGUACACCCUCGGCACUACCAACCCCGACGCGACGGCGAAGAAAAUCAUCGCGGGCCCGCUCACCCGCAAGCUCCCCCAGAUCAUGCCGGAGUUGGUGGACGAGAUCAUCGCCUCGUUCGAGGACAUCAUCCCGAAGGCGGACAACGGUGAGACCGUACUUCCUCCACAUGUGUUGUGGACGAGACUCUCAACGAGCUGCAGAAUGGGUCACUGUGCCGGCCUGGAGACCAUGACCGACAUCAUCGCGCGCGUCACGAACAGAGCUUUCGUCGGGCUGCCUUUCUGUCGGGAUCAGGUUCUGAUGAAGACAUUUACGGGCUUCGCGAAGGAUGUGAUGAAGACGAAGACGAUAAUCAACAUGAUACCCAACUUCCUAAGCCGUGACAUCGUCGGUCCUCGACUUCCAUGGACAUCCGCCGCGCGACGCCGCAUGGCCGCGAUCCUCGGCGCCACCGUCGUCGAACGUCGCAGGCAGCUGAUCGAGUACGGCACUGACUACGAAGGCAAACCCGACGACUAUCUGACGUGGUGCAUCGAGGAAGACAUCAAGUUCCGCGGGAAGGGCGACUCGAUCGACGGCGUCAUGGAAGUCAUCUCCGCGUCGAACUUCGCGGCCAUCCACACGUCGAGCAUGAGCAUGACGCACGCGCUGUACUACUUGUGCGCGUUCCCGGAGUACGUCGAGCCGCUGCGGAGGGAGGCGGAGGAGAUGAUCAGGCAGCACGGCUGGACGAAGGCGGCGGUCGACGGGAUGUGGAAGGCGGACAGCUUCUUCAAGGAGGCGCUGCGCCUCAACUCUGCCAGCCACCUGACGCUCUUCCGGAAGGCCAUGAAGCCGAUCGUGUUCUCGAACGGGACCGUUAUCCCCGUCGGCACGAUGGUCGUCGCGACCACCACGGGCACGCACCUAAACGAGGAGCUGUACGAGGACGCGACGGAGUUCAAGCCCUUCCGCUUCUCGGAGGCACGCGCGAAGGGCGGGGACGACGCGCUCCGCCAGCAGUUCCACACGUCGUCGCCGGACUACAUCCCCUUCGGGCACGGCAAGCACGCUUGCUCGGGCCGGUGGUUCGCUGCGGGGGAGGUGAAGGCGGUGUUGGCCUACAUUUUGCUGAACUACGAUGUCAAGCUAUUCGAGGGUGGAGGCCGCCCGGCGAACCUGUAUGUCGGGCCUAGCAUCAUCCCCAACCCGUGGGCGAAGAUGAUGUUCAGGAAGCGCAAGACGUCCUACGCUUGA